AGGUUGGUGUACCUACUUAUGAAUGGUCAUUGUUAAAUUUUUAAUAUUGCUAUUAUUCGAGUAGUAAACAUACCGUACUUAGUUUAUUUUCCCCCUGGAGACUUUGAAGUAUCCUUAUAUUAUUAUAAUCGUAUUGUAUUGUAGUAAGAAGCACUUGACGGGUAUCUAUUAUGUAGUUUUUCACAUGUGUUGAUCAAAACACGGCGGCGUUUAUUGUAUUUUUCAAAUGUGAAUUUUAUAUGACAAUAAAUAGAAUUUAGUCAGUCGUCUUGUUAGCAGACAAACUCAACAAUGAUGGUAGGCAUAUCUGGAAACUCUCAUCUAAUAUCGGCUGGAGGACGAGAAGUUGGCGAGAUGACCACCAUCGCCCAGGCCCCGACGUCAGCGGACGCUUGUUUGAGCAUCGUCCACAGCCUCAUGUGCCACCGUCAGGGAGGAGAGUCGGAGGGUUUCGCAAAGCGAGCAAUCGAGAGUCUGGUCAAAAAAUUGAAGGAGAAGCGUGAUGAGUUGGACAGUCUCAUCACAGCCAUUACCACUAAUGGAGCGCACCAUAGCAAGUGCGUCACAAUCCAGCGCACCUUGGACGGCAGGUUACAGGUGGCCGGCAGGAAGGGCUUCCCUCACGUCAUCUACGCCCGCAUCUGGCGCUGGCCCGACCUGCACAAGAACGAGCUGAAGCACGUCAAGUACUGCCAGUUCGCCUUCGACCUCAAGUGUGACUCUGUGUGUGUCAACCCCUACCACUACGAGCGGGUCGUCUCGCCAGGCAUAGACCUGUCGGGGCUGUCGCUGCAGGCGGGGCCCGGCCGGCUGGUCAAGGACGAGUACACGGCGGGGGUGGGCGGUGCGCCCGCCGGCAUGGAGGUGGACGGGGAGGUGCGUGUCAGCACGGCACACGCCGCCGCCCCCCAGACCGUGCAGCACCACCCCCCGCCCGCACCCCCACCGCCCCAGUCCUCUGGUGAGAUGCCACUGUUUGGAGGGGGCCCCGGGAGGCCUGCCAAGAUGGAGCCCUCGGAACCUUGCCCGCGCAGCACUUGGGUCCCGACUGGCCUGCCGGUCCCUCGCAAGCCUCACGCCCUCGCUAGUUAUGCUGAUUUCAACAGUAAAGAGAAGGAAAACAAAAUUCAGCUUGCCCAACAGCUUAUAAGAUCUGGCAAUGUUGCAGCGGCGGCGGUGCCCUGCACGCCCCCCGCGGCCCCCCCCGCCCAGCAGGCGGCCGCCCCCUUCUUCCCGGCCGAGGACUCGCGCAGCCCCGCGUCCCCGCCCCGGCUGCAGGACGGGGCCCAGGGCACCUGGACGGGCAGCAGCACGCUCACCUACACGGCCAGCAUGCAGCCGCCCGACGCCCGCGCCCACCACGCCUCCUACUGGCCCCACAGCACGCAGUCCCUGGAGACGCUGUCGGGCCUGCUCUCCACGCAGCCCGCCCCGGAGUACUGGUGCUCCGUGGCCUACUUCGAGCUGGACACGCAGGUGGGCGAGACCUUCAAGGUGCCCUCGUCCUGCCCCAGCGUCACCGUGGACGGCUACGUCGACCCGUCGGGGGGCAACCGCUUCUGCCUGGGGGCACUCAGCAACGUGCACCGCACCGAGCAGAGCGAGAAGGCCAGGCUGCACAUAGGGAAGGGUGUUCAGCUGGACCUGCGAGGCGAGGGGGAUGUGUGGCUGCGAUGUCUCAGCGACCACUCAGUGUUCGUCCAGAGCUACUACCUGGACCGCGAGGCGGGCCGGGCACCGGGGGAUGCCGUGCACAAGAUAUACCCCAGCGCCUACAUCAAGGUGUUCGACCUGCGGCAGUGCCACAGGCAGAUGCAGCAGCAGGCUGCGACGGCCCAGGCAGCCGCCGCCGCCCAGGCGGCUGCCGUGGCGGGACACAUUCCCGGGCCCCACUCCGUGGGCGGCAUCGCUCCGGCCAUAAGCCUGAGUGCGGCAGCCGGCAUCGGGGUGGAUGACCUGCGCAGACUGUGCAUCUUGAGGCUCAGCUUCGUGAAGGGCUGGGGCCCCGACUACCCCCGCCAGUCCAUCAAGGAGACGCCCUGCUGGAUAGAGGUGCAUCUGCACAGAGCCUUGCAGCUGCUGGACGAGGUGUUGCACACGAUGCCCAUCGACGGCCCGCGCGCCAUCGAGUGAAGCGAUCCGAUUCUCUCACGUGGCACAUCAGUUGUUGCAAUGUGUUGUUUGUAAUGUACAGAACACUUACUACUUUUGUUAGCUAACACUGUCUUUGAUUGAUUGAUUCAAGUGUUGUAAAGAGUUUUUUUUUUUUUUUUGUGAAGUUGCAUUUAAAAAUUUAAGGCAUAUUUGGCAACUUGAAAUGAUACUGCCUCCCAACAUUAUGCUUGUUGAGUUACAUGGAGGAAAAAACAUUGCCUUAUGCAAAAAGUGAAGGUGGGUCUUGGCUGUAUUUGCCUGUGCCCUUCUCAUCCCGUGAGCGACCCGCACAGCCGCUGACUAGUGCUCUGGAGUAUCCGAUACCUCAGCUCACACCACGUUUAUAUAACAGUUUUCACUUAGCUUGUAUGUUGUUGCUCUCGCAGAUCUGUUCACCAAUUAAAUUACCCCCUUAAAGAAGUUCACACUGUGGUAGUUGCAGCCAACCUGAUGUUACCUGUCAGGAAAAUACAUUGAACCAUGGAGUGUGUACAGAUAAACAAAUCUUUUACAUGCCCUCAUUUCAUGCUCUUCUGUUGGAUCCCACUUUGCUGUGUUUGGUUCAGUAUCUGUACAGCUACAUCUCCACUGCACAUUGGUCAAUUUUGCUACCAUUCUUCCCUCCAGAAGAACUUGUAAUUAUAUAAACCCUUCCACUUGAAGAGUAUUAUGUAAGAAGGUUUGUUAUUGAUUGUACAUUGCUAGGUUGGCGAUAAGUACAAAAAAUAGUGCCCGAAAUUUUAAUUCUUCACUUAAUGCUUUGAUGAUAUUGUAAUUACAUUUCUAGUGUUAUUUUUGUAUAGAGACUAAUACUCAAUUCUCUGAGGUUAAAAUUAAUGACUUUUAACAAUUUAUACUGCAGAGCAUGUGUACAUGAUGUAAGUGUAAAACGUCCAUUGUUAAAUAUGACAUUACUAAGUUCUUUUUCCUUGUGUGUAUUUCACGGGGAAUAAAUUAUUUAAUUGCUGACCUAA